AUGUCUUGGGUUCGAUUCGCAAUUGAGCAAAAAGACGGCACCUUUGCUUACCCACCACCGUUAUACAAAGACCCAAUUCUUUCCCCGCCGUCUCCACCACCGUCCGGUAACAGAAUCAGCCCGGCGGUUCUAUUCGUAAUUGUGAUUCUAGCCGUCUUGUUCUUCAUCUCCGGGCUUCUUCACUUGCUCGUCAGGUUUCUCAUCAAGCAUCCUUCUCCUGCUACUGCUUCAAGGUCCAAUAGAUACCCAGAGAUCUCAACUAGUGACGCUCUCCAAAGACAGCUUCAGCAGCUUUUCCAUCUGAACGAUUCUGGUCUCGAUCAAGCCUUCAUCGACGCUUUACCUGUUUUCCACUACAAAGAGAUUGUCAGUGGUAGUAACGGCGCUGCACAAGAGCCGUUCGAUUGUGCGGUUUGUCUCUGUGAGUUCACCGAGAAAGAUAAGCUUAGAUUGUUGCCGAUGUGUAGCCAUGCUUUUCACUUAAACUGUAUAGACACUUGGCUUCAGUCGAAUUCGACUUGCCCUCUCUGUCGCGGCACACUCUUUGCCCCUGGUUUCUCAAUGGAGAACCCGAUGUUCGAUUUCGAUGAUAUAAGAGAAGACGAAGAGUGUGUGGCCGAGAAAACUAUGGAGAUUCAAGAAAUCGUCGUGGAGAAGGGAGUUUUACCGGUGAGGUUAGGGAAAUUCAAGAGGCUUGACAAUGUUGGUCAUGGUCAAGAACAAGAUGAUGUUGUCUCUGUAGGAGAGACUAGUAGCAGUAACUUGGAUGCAAGGAGAUGUUUCUCGAUGGGUUCGUAUCAGUAUGUACUUGGUAACUCGGAGCUUAAAGUCCCGUUUUGUAACGAUAGGCAAAGGCGUUUGAAACCUAAUCAGGAGAAAGAAUCUGAGCAGAUUAUUGGGAAUUCGUCAUCUGAAGAGAAGAAGAUCAAUAGUGUGGCGAAAGGAGAGAGCUUUUCGGUUUCCAAGAUUUGGUUAUGGCCAAAGAAAGAUAAGUUCUCUUCAGAUGCUCAGAGAAGGUUGCCUUCCUCAUCGCUUAACGUCGAUGAUCUUCCGAAACUUCCAUGGAUGGAAGAUCAUAAGAAGCUGGAGAACGAGGAAAGGUAG